UUGUUAUGGAAAAAAUGUGAUGCUUGAAUUUACGGUGGAAAAUCGGUUUUAAUUGUUGAUCACAAUGGUACCGGUGAAAAUAUGGCCUUCUAGUGAAUAAUAAUUGUUCGAAUCAUGUAUUUCGCUAGAUUACUCAGCUAGCAGAUGCAGCAGUGUGGCUCGUGUUUCUGUCAAAAUCGAUACGAUUUUUUUUCAAGUUUUCCUUGCGCGGCGCAAUGCUCCCGUUCUCUGCUUCACCCGGCCGGUGAUUUGUUCCGUACUGUCUCCCUCAUUUGUACUGCCAGUCUUGUGGCUUUAAAAGGGAAAUAAAUGGGGGAAAACAAUCGGGACGGUUGGAUGGUGACAAAAUAUGUGGAAAUCAUCGAAGAAAAACGAAGCCCACCGUCAUCUGUUGUCUAAUUCGCCGCCGGGUGGAAGCACGCGGAGAUGCAAAAGAUGAGCAUGAAGCAACAUCGUUUUAUUUUGGGUGUGACACUGCGCUUCGUUCUGCUAUCCGGUUGCUCCUUCGCAGACGAUGCAGCACAGGAAACGGAUACCCGUCUGGGUUGAAUGGUUGCAGUUGUCAGUUGCUAGCAAGGUCAACGUCAGUUCAUUGCAGACUUUUAAAAUCCGGCGACCAACCGAGAUGAAAAUUCUCGAUUCCACGGGAUAUCAUGAUUUGUAUAUUAGCCUACCACAAAUAAGUUUUCUUUUGAACACAAAUGUUCAGUGACAUGUCUGGAGAAAAGCCUGUAUGAUGUACUAGCGGAGGCAUAAAACCUUUACUUAUAGUUAUUUAUUUUGUUGGCUGUGGCCAAACAAGAAUAUGAUAAAAUCGUCCCACAGUACGGAUAGUGAAUGUGUGUGUGUUCUCUUCUAUCUUUUCUUCUAUUUUUGCACCGAUGGAAUCAUCUGGCGUCCGGCAUCACAGAGUGGAAUGGGUGGAAAUAAUCGAGCCUCGCACCAAGGAGCAUAUGUAUGCUAAUCUGACGACGGGGGAGUGCGUCUGGGACCCACCGGAGGGCGUCAACAUCAAGCGCACCGAUGCGUCCCAGUGGUGGGAACUGUUCGACACCAACACCUGCCGGUUCUACUAUUACAACGUGGCCUCGCAAAAGACCGUCUGGCAUCGGCCGCAGAACUGUGAUAUCAUCCCGUUGGCAAAACUGCAAACUCUGAAGCAGAACACCGAUCCGGGCGAUCGGAAGGACAGCAGCGGUGGUCACGGUGGUACACUGCAGCACUAUGCGUCCAACAAACACCACGGCGGGAGCGGAAGCGGUUCCGGUACGGUAGGGAAAAGCUGCGGCCAUCGAACGGCCACCGGAGUUAUGGAUUACCGGGAUCGGGAUCAUCAUCGAAGUUCGAGCUCCGGACAUCGAAGUGGCGGCGGCGGCGGCGGCGGUGGAGUUCAUGACAAACGAAGCAAUAGCGACCUGUUGGCCAGUCCCCAAGGUCGGCAUAGUCUACAGCACAGACUACCACCCAAAACCACCGUCACCGAUGCAGGGUUUCCGAUGGGUGGCCGCACUGGCACGGGCGAUUCUCAUAAAUUUUGCAGGCACGGUCAUCCAAGCUCAGGUACUUCAUCCCGCAGCAGUCAGAAGUAUCUCGAUUCGGGUAAGUCCAGCGACAGCAGUCUGUCCAGCACGCACGGUUACCACCACCGGCGUAUGCAGGAUGGCGGUAGCCUACGAAUGGGCACCGGAACUGCCGGGAAAAAACACGUUAGCUCUGCUGGGGAUAACUGCUACCGGAUGCUGCAGGAGAGUUCAAGUUCGCACAACAUUCCUCAUUCGAUACCGUCAUCUUCGGCCGAAAAACUUGGCAUCUCAUCGUUGCACCAUUCACCACUACCACCGCCCCAUCAGAUGCUGUCCUAUUCGAUGUCGAACUCUUCAGAUCUGGCCGGUGGUGGCAACCUUUCAUCUCCCUCGCAUUCGAUGAGUACGCCCCAGUUUAAGAAAAAGUUCAUCCAUGAUGGCGGCAUGGGUUCUAAGUCCAAUAGUACCGGCUUGAAAGACGGCAGCAGCGGCUUGGUAUCAAAACAUGAAAGUUUUGAUUAUUCUGCAAUAGAUCCUUCAUCGUCUUCGGUCUCACUGACCCGCUCCGGAAGUUUUCUUUCAUCGGCUGGUAUCACAUCGGCAGGACCGAUGACCGGCACUUCCGUGUCCAACCGGCCCUAUCCCCAUCACCAGACGUCUCAAUCGGGUCAGCAAGUGCCACAACAUGGUUCAUCGCAUCGGAAGGGUAGCUUCGAUGGCAACAACGGUGGUGCCAGCGAUGAUUCCAUGCAUGAAAAGUAUUUCAAAUCGGUGGAGAAUACGCCCGUCACUCGAAGGCGUCAUACAACUACUUCCUCGGUAAAGUCGUCCUCCGUACAACAACAACAACAGCAGCAGCUGCAACAAUCGCAGAAACAUUCGAGUGACUCUAGUCCGCAGAGUCCGAUAAGCCCCCAGCAAGCGCACCAACAAUUGCAGCAAAAAAUCGCACGACCUUCGGCUCUGAUGGUGGAACUUUCGCCGGGAGCCUCGCAGGCAGGCGGGUACAGUAAAUCUAGUCAGAAAAGUAACGAUUCCGAGCUGUUCAAUCUGGACCUCACGAGUAAGCCGGAAAAAUAUUUGGAUAAAAUGAAGAUCGACAAGGGCAAAGUUUCGCCCAGUUCGAUUUCCAUGGGAGGCGGCAGUGGACCGCAAAAUGUCGGCCUUCAGAAAGCGUCUUCUUCGAGUGCAAAGCUAUCCUCUAGUCAAUCGGAAAUGGCUGCCGCCGUAGUGGCGGCCGGUUUGCAGAAAACUACCACCACCACUAGUAAAGAUCAGUUCUCGCUGAAUCUCAACAAACCAAAUUUGGAAAGGCACAACAAAGAGAUGCAACAGAAACAGCAAACACUGGAGAAAAUCUCCGGCACCGGUUCCGUUGCAUCGAAUAACUCGUCUUCGCACAACAAACAGCCGCAUGGGCAACUACCGCAGGAAAGAAAGAAGAGCAAGUCGCACACGGUCAACCAAGGUACGGGCUUCGAUUUCGACUACGACAACGGGAAUACUUCGCCGCUCUAUUGUAACUGGGAUAAGGAGAAACUGGAACAUCUGCUACCACUUCAGCACUACAUUUUGGAGCAGGCCAAACUGUCCGGCUGUUACGGGCUCGGUGAGUUCAUGGAUUCGGAUUCAUUUCAUUCGGACAGUCAAUCGGAGCACUCGUUUUCGGGUCACGAACCGGACAACGAAGAUUCGGACCAUUCGGAUGGCCACGGUGAUUAUUUGGCGCACUAUCCCUACGAGGAGUAUGGAGCCUACCGAAAGGACGACGGUGGUGGUGUUUCAUACUAUAAUUUCGAUUUUAAUUUUGGUGAUCGCGAGGAAAAAGAAGAUAUAUCCGAAGAGGUGACGGCAAAACUGGAAAGCAUUCAGGAUCAGAUUUACAGCCCGGUAAAGAACCAUCCACCUCUGCACAAAUAUUCGCCUUUUCACGUGGCCAAACAAAGUUUGGAGAGUUCCGGUUUUGUAUCCGAUUCAGUCGAUAGGGGCGCAUCGGGUGACAGUAGUCAGACGGGAUCGCAACCACACCAACCGAAGGGGAUUAACAAAGCGAGUCUGCUGCAACGAUUUCAAGAAAAUUUGCUUUCUCAUGGUCCCGGUGGUGUAGUCGGUGGCAAUGGAAAAAUUGCUGAGAUGGCAUUGCUGAAGGAGUGUGAUAUAGAAAAGUUUGCCCAGGACAAUCUGAAUCUACAUUCGAAGGGAAUAUUUCGUAAAAAAUCGUCAAUUCAGGAUAUGCUGAGUUGGACACCGAACGCCAUAAGUCGACCGAUGCUCUCGCUGGCGAGGGAUAAAGCUGGCAAGAAGAUGGCCACCGAGUUGUUCAAGUUGGUUCAAAUUUAUAUGGGCGAUCGGAAGGCCCGUGUCGGAAUGAGUCUGAACUCGGUGGCAAUCGAUAUCAUCGCAAUGGCGAUGGGUCAAGCACAACUGAGAGACGAGCUAUACAUACAAAUGUGUCGCCAGACAACGGAGAAUCCCAGCCGAGAUUCCUUAAUCCGCGGUUGGGAACUGAUGGCAAUCUGUUUGUCUUUUGUUCCUCCGUCGCCUACAUUCCAACCGGCACUGUUGGGAUAUAUCAAUCGGCAUCGGGAUCCAUCGUUUGCAACCAGCUUCCCGGAGGUCGGCAAGUGGCCAAUUCAUGUACAGAUUUCCCACUAUGCAACCAUCGCAUGCCGGAGGUUGGAUCGGAUAGGUAGUUCCGGUCGCAAGCAAGCCAAGAAACCAACGGAAGACGAUAUCAAUCAGGCGCGCGAGCAGAUCUUCCGCGACAGUAUGUUCGGCAAUACGCUUGGCGAGGUUAUGUUACUGCAGAAGGAUAAGUUCCCCGAUAGGCAGCUGCCUUGGAUUCAAACCACACUUUCGGAGCAGGUGCUUCUACUGAAUGGAAAGCAAACCGAAGGAAUCUUCCGAGUACCAGCCGAUGUGGAUGAGGUUAAUUUACUAAAGAAUCGUUUGGAUCGGUGGGAGUUUCCCGAGAAUAAAGGAAUGAUGGAUGCUCACGCUCCUGCCAGUUUGCUUAAGCUGUGGUAUCGGGAGCUGUACGAUCCGCUGAUUCCUGAUGAGCUGUACGAAGACUGUGUCGCUACCGAAGAUCCUGUUGAGGCAGCUGCAAUAGUGGAAAAGUUACCUAAAAUUAAUCGCUUGGUUCUUACCUAUUUGAUUCACUUUUUGCAACAAUUCGCCCUUCCCGACGUCGUAGCCAACACGAAGAUGGACUCGUCCAACUUGGCGAUGGUUUUUGCACCGAACCUACUCCGGUGCCAGUCGCAGGAUCCGAAAGUGAUCCUCGAAAACGCUCGCAAAGAGAUGGCCUUCAUGCGUACGCUUAUACAGCACAUGGACACCGCGAGUGUGGCGUAUCUGGUUUGAAUUGUCUUGGUUGUCAAUUUGCCGGGUCUGGCAAUUCACGAGUGAACGCUCUCAUUGGUUUCUAUCGUAGACGGGAAAUAGAAGACCUCAUAUCUACCGAUAGACAAGAACCCCAAAAAAAAGUCACGCUGUAUAUACAAAAAAAGUUCUCCUGUUUUAUUGUUUUGUUUAUUUUAAAUACGGAACAGUUUGUUUUUAGGCAAAGUGAAUGAAUAACAAAUUCUAUAUCUUUGAAAUUUCCGAUAACAGCGUAACCAACUCUAUUUCUCUCAUAAUCGAAACGAGUCGAAUUUGUUUACAGAUCUCACGAAGAAUUAUUUUAUUGUCUGAAUGCCGCUUAUACUACUAUAGGUAAUAGAUUUCAUGCUAUGAAGUUCUGUUGUGUUUUUUUUAAUUUUGUAACUGGAGAAACGGUACCUAGAAGGUUGAGUUAGAUGUAUAUUUGGACAUCCUCAAAUCUUUUGCAUUUCUUACUAGAUUUCACAGUCCACAGAUUGUUUAUGUUACCCGAAUGCAAUAUUAUUUUCCCAGCGGUUUGUUGAAUCCUACUAUGAACAGGUAAUAAUCAACAGUUUGAGCAUACACUUUAUUAACGAAACACACAAACACUAAUGAUAGAUAUCAGAUCAAUCACAAAACUGCUACUUAAUGCAAGUAGGUUCUAGAAAAGCGCAAGUAAAUAUUAUCAGUUGAAGUUUAAAUACCAAUUCUGAAUAAGAAAAUAUCCAGAGUAAAAGAUAAACUGCAUAAAUACGUCGAAUGAUCGUAAAACUAUCUUCUAUGAAAACUUUAUCAUCAACAAUGGGAACAUUUCGUAUACUCAACUUGUCAAUGAAGAUUUUAUAAGACUUCACUUGUGUUUAAGAAGCCAUAUUUUUCUAUCAGCAAACCAUUUCACAUAUUUUCUAUUGAUUUCGUUGUUUUAUACAUUCAAAUCCACAUACCCACUCUUUCUCCUAUAGUCCCAUUCCUACUGGCUCUCAUUUAAACGUUGUUUUUAUGUUUUAGUUGUAGUAAAUUCUAACUUUUAAAAAUUAAAACACACGUUUCACAACCACGAGACGAAGAAACCAUACCAAAUUUGACCUAGACUUAGUAUAGUUUUAUUUUAUUAACAGUAAAAGUAAUCGUUGAAACAAUUUACAAUAAGAUUGAUUAUAAAAAAAAAUACAACAACAAAAAAACCCUAAUCGUAUAUCCUCGAAAAAAAAUUAAAACCGGUAAACCAUCCCGCGGUACUAUCAAGCCGCCAGAUCCGCGACGGAUCCAAGGUAGUUUAGUUUGAUCCGAUAUCGCUGCGCCGUGUGCGACAGAAACAGCCUGGUUGGAUCAUUAUUAUUAUUAUUAGCUAGGCUACCCUCCCCGGUGCAGUCUCCCACACUAUCCAGCUAAACUGCAUUUUUCCCUUGUCCUCUGCUACACACGAUUGUACGUUGCACCGUCCUGUCGGUUGUUUACUGGUAGUCAGCGUAAAAAGAUUCGUUACAUUUCAACUAUACAAAAAAACAUUUGCAAACACCUAUUAGUCAUAACUCUGGAUGCAUCGGUUUCACUCAUUUUUUUUUAUUGCCGAGCGCGAUGAAACAUAACACAAUAAAUGAACUGCCAUUCUGCACAGACUUGUUCGAAUACUUUAUGAGACUCCUUAUCUCAGUGGAACAACUAUGUGUGGAAUGACUACCAAGCCAAUGUAUAUAAUAAGUUGAAUGAAUCGCUUCGAAAACAAUUAGCAGAACCUAUAAUUAUACAAUAAACAAAAAGACAAUUAUUGUUAGCUUGUGACGAGGGACGGUAAAAGAAAACAGAAAGUUUAUAGAAUACAGAUAAUCAAUAGCUGCGAAAAAAAAAACAAAGUACUGCGAACGAAACAACGGAAGUAAUUACCCAACAUGAAUACAAUUCAUAGAGACAGUCAAAUAAAUCUUUUUUUUUCGCUGCUACAAAUUUCGAUCAUCAACGGAACGCUACAUUGCUAUGUAUUGCAGCAAAACAGCAGUUUGUAUUUGCAAAAUAAAGGAACACAAAAUGAGACAAAAUUAAAUUAUUAUUACAAUCUGAGAUAAUAUAUGAUAAUGAAAAUAAAUUAUAUGAAAAUA